CGUCGAAAUUUUUUUGUUGACUUGUUGAUAAGCACAGAAAAUGUGAUAAAAUCACCAUUAAGACCAAUUUGUUAACUCAAAGCUGCAUACAAAAACAAUAAAUCGUAAUCAUGCCUAAGUCCAGUCCCUUGCAAACUGCGCAGAAGGAAGCGGAUGGCUUUCAAAAGAAGGUUGGUGAUGCCCUCACGGAAUGCAAUACAAAAAUGGAAGGAGAAAAAGAGAUUGAUCCCAAGGACAAAAAUGUAAAGAAACUGUACAAAAAGUGCAGUGAUUUGAUGACUGCUGGCAAGAAGGUGUUUGACAAGUUGGAAAAAUGUGACAAGGCAAAGGAACCAACUGAUGACGAGAACUUUGAUGCCACGAAAGCUUCAGAAAUUAGAAGAAUCAAGCAUGAGCAGAAUUCACUGCAGAAAAUGAUGAAUAGGCUAAACCCUGCUGAAGCUAAAGAAGUCAUAGAGAGCAGCAAAGAAGAAGAGGAAGAAGAAGAAGAUGAAGAUGAAGAGUCCGAGUACGAAUCCGGAGAUGAAGAGUAUGAAUCUGGAGAAGAGUAUGAAUCUGGAGAAGAGGAAGAAGAGUAUGAGGAAGGAGAAGAGGAAGAAGUAGAAGACGAGGGUGAAGAUGAAGAAGGAGAAGACGAAGAAGAGGAAGAGGAAGAGGAAGAAGAAGAAGGAGAGGAAGAAGGGCCAGCAACAGACAGUAUCGUGAAUAAGAAAUUUGAGGCGAUAGAUAGUUACGAGGCUCAGCAGGAAAAUGACCUCAGCUUCAAGACGGGGGAUGUUCUCACCAUUCUCUCAGAAAGAUAUGAUGGCUGGUGGGAGGCUGAGGAUGCCAAUGGAAAGAAGGGGAUGGUGCCCAGUACCUACCUGCAGAUGCAUGUGCCAUUCAAGGAGCUGAUGAGCCCAGAAAAUGACGCUCAAGACAGCAAGGAGGAAAAGAAAAGUGGUAAACAACUCUGGAGUGGUAUCCGAUCAGCGUUGAAUGAAACGAGCGUGACAGAUGUACUCCACACGAUGGGUGCCAUUCCAUCAGGGUUCCGUACAUGCACCUUGGUCAAGUUUAAAGAAAAUGAUACCCUGUAUACAGACCAUUUUACAAUGAAGAAUUACCUCGCGCCAAAACUGAGUGCAUCCAACUUGUUCUACCGUGAUCUAUUCUACAAUCCCUCCACCGGCAAGAUAAGAGCUAGAAGUGUUCGUACACAGAGAAUCCUUCAGAUUCAGGCAUGCCGACAGAUACCCUUGCCUGGCACUGGUGUUGAAGUGCUUAGCCGGCAUGUCAGAGCGUGUCUCUUUGAUGGAGAAAAUAUUUUGAGUAACAUCCAUACCAUUAGGGCCAUGACAACUGAUAAGGAGCACAAAGUUUGGGGAUUCAAUAACAAGAACAAUGAUCUGACGAAGACUUUCGACUUCGGUGAAUUCUUCAUCCGGACAAAUGGAAACGAGUCCAAUCUUGGUAUCCUGUUUGAGAUUUCUGUCCGGUUUGUUCGAACGGCGAACCAGGAGGAAAGUGAAAUGAGCUGUGGAUGGGCUCACCUGCCUCUGUUUGAGGCCAAUGGUGCUCCAGUCCCAAACAAGAAUUUCGAUCUGCCAGUGAAUGGUGGGACUCCGUAUGAGAAAGGAGUUGAAGUCGAGGCCAACAUCUCGAGAAAAGGCCAAACCCCUGUACAGCCUCAGUCUAGCGUGUUCCGUACGCUGAUGUCAGGCAACAAACAGCCACGGUUCAUCGUCAAGAUAUCGCAGCCGAGCAAGGACCAGAAGGAACUCAUGGACACCCUGCCAGACGUGCUGGUAGCCAGUACCCUUCACAUUCCAUUUAUAUCGUUCUACCGCCAGAUUCUGGCUGAUGAACUCCUGAGGGACAGAGUUGAUCUUGAAUCAACAGAGAUAAUCCACAGUCCACUGCUGGCCUCAUUCCCGACUGCUGCUGAUCAACCAGACAUCAUGGAUGCAUUGAGGUCACAGUGGUUGGAGAAAUUUAAGGCAGCUACAAGAAUGGCUAAGAGAGAUAACGAGCAUAUGAAGGGCCUGUUUCAGAAGACCUACAUGGAGACAGUCUACCCCUUGCUGAACAUGAGCAGCCUCCCACCACUCAAGCUUGGACACAAGAGGAACGAAGAUGUGCGGCAGUUAGAAAUCCAGAAACUUUUGCGGAUAGCCCGAGAGAAGCAGACAAUCCUCGCCUCACUUUUAUCACCAGAAAUCAUAUAUAAACCAUUCAACGUCAAUGAGCUCUCCUUCGAUGUGAUUUCACCGUUCUGCACGGUCAAAUAAGACAAUAACAGAAUACUGGAACAUAUGACCCAUCACACCAAAUUGGGUAAUAAGUCGCUUGGCCUAGCUUUGAGCAAUCACCAACAGCGACUGACUUCCAAAUUUGGUGUUAUGACCGGGUCGCAUAUGACAUUUUUGCCAGAUUAUGGAUUAGCUGUAUACUCAGAUAGAUCACUAAACCAGGACUUAUUGUGUAAGUCACUAGGAGAUGAUUUUAGAAUUAUGGUGCAAAAUGUUGGAGUUGUCCGAAACUACCUUUAGUCCAAAUAUUGCUGUGCCAUGUGAUUCAAGAAAGAACGACACGAAAUUCAGGAGUGAAAGAGUUAAACACUCAGCACAUGUUAAUUAAAUAACCCUCGUUAAGAACAGCCCUCAAUGACUACUUUGUAUCUACUUAAUUGACUCGUGAAUGAUUAAAAAUUCAUCCAAAGUUCCCAGACUACUAUUGUGUUUUUGGCUACUUGACAGAAAGUUUGCCUCCAAAUAUAUCAUAAUUAAAGUAAUUUCUGUCCAAAUCAAUGUCUCAACGACUUUGCAAAGACGACACUUCGCAUUGCAAAAGCAAUAUUUACUUUCAAAUAUAUGUCUGAUUUCAUUUUUGAAUAAAAAAAAAUAUGAAGUGUCAUUUGUCACAUAGAGAUGCCUAAUUUUAUUUGAUUUUGAAAAUCGUUGACCGAUGCUGCACGCUCAUUUUGGCACAAUUUAAAAUCUACAUUCGGUUGUUCCUUAUUUUUUCACUGUCUGCAGUUUCAAGGGUUUUUUGAAGGACUGUCUCUUCAUUGUCUAAGAUCGAUGCAAAUUUACCUGAAAUCUUAACAUAAACAGUUUUAACCAUUGAGGUUAGCAAGAUUUUGAAAAAGGUUGCAUAACUCAUAAUAUGGAAACAGUUGGAAUCUUUCCUUAUUGUGGGUGAGAACAAUUACAUUUGUAAUGAGAUAUUGUGUAUUAAAGUUCAGAAGUGCAUGUAAUAUAAUGUGUAGUUAUAGAGGUUUUUUGUUAGUUUAUGAGGAAACUAGAUGUCAGCAUUUAUCAAGUGUAUAUCAGAUACUUAGGAAACUUUUAGCAUCUUUCUUACAGCCUUUCCUUCAUAUCAGUUUUACAUCAGAAUAGCAGCUAGGCUAUCAGUAAUCUGACCAUUUUAUCAUGUUGAAUGCCAUGAAAUUUGUAAAAUCAAAGAAGUUAAUUGCCGUCCAUUUUGUAUAUUUUUGAUGUCAGAUUAAAUGGCACUCUGUUGUAUGUUUUAAGAUUUGAGAAUAAAUGAAAUUGAGAGUGAAUGAUUUCUAUUAUUCCGGAAAGGAUCCAGAGUGCCUGCAGCAGAAAUCUUGUACAUUCAGAGAAUUUAGCGAAUUUAUUACACAACUUAAUCCAAUGGGAAAACCAUUCUUCCCCUAGGAACUCAAUGAUCCCCUUGUCAAAAUGAAAUAAUGAUAAUAUCAGGAGAUUUAAAGGGACUAUCUGGACGUGGGAUUUAUCUCUGUUAAUCGGUAGUAAUGCCAAUGAUGAAAAACACUCCUGAUAAGUUUUUUGAAAAACAAUUCCUCCAAAAAUCAGAUUUAAGUGUUGAUUCAGGUUAGUCUUGAGAAUGUUUUGUCCAGAUAACUCCUGUACCAUAGUUCAUGUACUGACCAUAUUUGUUGGUGAUUUGUGACCAUCUACUUUGUCAAAUGUAAUUGCUAGUUUAUUGUAAUGAUAAAUGCAACAUAUAUUUAUUUAUUUUUGUACUCUUAGCCAUUUAUAUGUAAGUUGUAAAUUCAAUAAAACAAU